GCAGGUUUUUGGAUUUUGGGAGCCAAAAGGAGCAUAUCUUCUCUUAUCUUUGGAUGUGUAGUUUGCCGAAGACUACGAGGAAAGAGUGAAGUACAAAAGAUGGCUGAUUUACCAGUGGACAGGGUCAGUACCGAGCCCCCCUUUACCUAUGUAGGCACUGAUGUAUUUGGGCCUUGGACCAUCUCAGCCCGCCGCACAAGAGGUGGACAUGUGAACAGCAAAAGAUGGGCGGUGCUGUUCACCUGUUUAGCCAUCAGAGCUGUCCAUAUCGAAGUAGUGGAGUCUAUGGACACAUCUUGUUUCAUAAAUGCCAUGAGACGCUUCAUUGCCAUUCGUGGUCCCAUCAAGCAGAUGCGAUCUGAUCGAGGGACCAAUUUUGUAGGGGCAUGCAGAGAACUGGGCAUUCCUUCUAACUUGGAUGAGGCAAAGGUGUCAAGGUUUCUUGCCGAACAAGGGUGUUCUUGGAUCUUCAAUCCACCCCACGCUUCGCACAUGGGCGGAGCGUGGGAGCGCAUGAUAGGUAUAACCCGUAAGAUCUUAGACUCCAUGAUGCUUCAGCUGGGUCCGUCUAAAAUUACUCAUGAAGUUCUUACAACAUUCUUGGCAGAGGUGACAGCGAUAAUAAACUCCAGACCGCUGAUUCCUGUAUCUGUGGAUCCCGAGGACCCCCUUAUACUUACUCCUGCAACAUUACUUACUCAGAAGUAUGGUUCUUGUCCAAAUGUCGAGCUUGAUCAUACUGACCUCUACAGACGACAGUGGAAACGAGUCCAAAACCUAGCAUCUACCUUCUGGGACAGGUGGCGGAAGCAGUAUCUCUCCACACUGCAACCCAGGAAAAAGUGGCAAUUCAAAAAUCAAGACAUCACAACGGGUAGUGUUGUCCUAAUGAAAGACAGUCAGUCUAAACGCAACCAGUGGCCUUUGGGACGCAUCACUAAAGUGUUGCCUAGUGGAGAUGGAAGGGUACGAAAGGUCGAAAUCAAAAUUGUCAAUAAGGGAGAACCAAAGGUUUUUGUCAGACCUAUAACUGAAGUGGUAAUGCUCAUUCCUUUCAAUUAAUUCAGUGACUGGUUCAGUGUUUUGUUUACAAUGAGUCGUGGUAUCUAGUGAUACCAGGCGGGGAGUGUGUUGAUAUGUGAUAGAAAUAAUGUGUGCUGGCUCCUUUAAGAGACUGUCACUUAAUGAUGAUGUCAUCAGUGUCAGACUAGUUCUAGUUUGUUGUUUAUAGGAAGCCAUCAAGCCCUCAUGGUAGCUCUGCUAAUCUUAAUUCAUCUGCUACAUUUCAUGUCCUUUCGAAGGCAUUGUUGUUUUACCCUACUUCCAGUCAGCCAUUAAACAAAGUGAAUUUGAUGUCUGCUUCAAUGUGGUGAUUGGUAGAGGAGUUGUCUGUCUGUCAACUGAUGCAAGGCGUAUUAGGGUGGCAGAAUAGUAGGA